UGCCGACUUCACAUUUUCGAAUAAUCCCAGAUCCUCAAUGAAGUUGAAGAACCGAGCUUCAGUUGAGUUUUCACCUCCUUUAGAUGACUCCAACGAGACACAUAGAGGUGGUAGACAAUCUUACUGAGCACCAUACAGAUUCAUCAAGACUGAUAAACUCUUAGUUGUGAACUUGAUGUGCCUCCAGGCAUGAUCUUGUGUAUAAGGCUACUCCACCCCCAAUUCCUGUUUUUCUGUCGUUGCGAAACAAAGAUAUCCCAGAUAUUGCCAGCUCCUAAAAAGAUAUCCAAGUUUUAGAUAUUCCAAUCAGAUGAGCAUUAGUAGCAUUGUCAAGUUCACGUAGCUCAUUCAUUUUAUUUGGUAAACUCGCGGCGCUCAUGUAUAAGCAGUUUAUGCUUUCAAUUUGAAACCGUAUGGUCAGCUACAGAUUGCUUUUGUGCUUGAUCCUGGCGCCAUGUGGCCUAUCUGGAUGCAUGUGGAUUCCAAUUGGCAAUCGAAGGUGGACUCACUGACUAGCUCUUCCCAAAGACGUUACACCUAGAUGUAAGGUUUCAGUAACCUGUAGAUUUCAACUGAGAUCGGUCAUCCAAUGGUGUUGUAGCAGCUGAUAGGACAAUUCAUGGAACAAAUCACCACGUCAAUUAUAAAAUCAUUUUUUGUGGAUUCGAAAACGAAAAUUAAUAGCGAAGCAGCUUCCCUUUGUGAUCACUUAGUAGAACUGUAUUUAUGAUGGCCAGAAUGACGCACUUAGCUGUAUGAAUAACACUGUCAGGCAACUAGCAUUAAACCUUGUGACCUCCUGUUCUUCUACAAGCACACAAAUUGUUUUGGCUGGUGCGAUAAUAAAAGCAUUGUGUUAUUACCUUCGGCGGUGUCGUGAAUUGCAGCCAUCUACAAGGCAUUUAAAUGACUCUUUAGAGAUGACUAUGGAGUUUAGCGAAGGGAGUGAAAAGAUUUCUUCUCGGAUACUGAUUAUUAAGGCGUCUGAUGACAAUUCUUCUCAAUACUUAGCGUUGAUGAAUUCUGUGUUCACAGCUCAAAAGCUUCAUGUUCCAAUAGACACAUGUGUGUUAUCGUUACCACAACAGUCAGAUAAUUUAAAUAGCAGAUGUGGGCUAAGUUCUCUUGGACACUCAAGUCUUCUUCAGCAGGCUGCAGAUCUAACUGGUGGAAUUUACUUGCAAGUACCAAGAGUUUCUGGAUUACUACAGUAUUUGUUGUCAGUAUUUUUGCCAUCAUCUAAAAUGAGAACAUCUCUUUUACUUCCAGAUAGUCGAUCCAGUGGUGUUGACUUUCGAGCUGCAUGCUUUUGUCAUAAACGAUUGAUUGAUAUUGGUUAUGUUUGUUCGAUAUGUUUGUCUGUAUUUUGUGAGUUUAAUCCGAUAUGCCCUACUUGUAAUACUCCUUUUUUGUUACCAGCUGUACAAAACAUGUGAAUAAAUACAAAACAAGAGACUUGUUCUUUUCUUCUUGACAAUGUAUAUUAACUUAAGAUGCUUAUUCGCAUUAUAGAUGUCUGACGAACGUUCAAUGAAAAAAGCUGAAAAACACAAGCUAUCUGAUCCACUUGACGAUGUAGCUUGGAAAAUUAUGCGAAAGAUGGGUUAUGAACAUGGUCAAGGAUUGGGUGUUAAUGCUCACGGUGUAGUUGAACCGGUUGCAUUGAGUAAACAAAAAGGCAGAAGUGGUCUCGGUUCAGUAAGAACAACAUCGUCAUCUGAUAAAAAGAUUGAAUCAUUCUCAGGCGAACUCUAUCAAUCUUCCAAUCCAAAUUUAGUCUGGCAUGAAGGUUGUGAUGAUGAUUAUACUACAGCUGAUGGAGAUCGUACGUGGUCAUGGUCAAUGGAAGGCGGACCUUCUAUUAAUUCCUUAUUGGAAUUGAAUUCUCUAAUUAUCAGUCCCGAUGAACCGGAGGCUUUAGGUCCGCCUAUUGAAGAGUUAGAUAAUGAAGAUAAAUUCUGCUCGAUCCAUCUUGUUCAAGAAGUUCUAAAUUAUAAGAAUCAGUUGGAUUAUUUAUCAAAAUUGAAUGUCACUAAAAGUCAUGAACGUUGUAAUCCAUACGAAUUGAUAAAGAAGGGGAUUUUUAUGAACAGAGCUGCAAUGAAAAUGGCCAACAUUGAUUCAAUCUUUAAUGGAAUGUUCACAACUGCUGCUCCAAAAGAUGAUGUAUUAUAUUUUGCUGAUAUAUGUGCUGGUCCUGGAGGUUUCUCAGAAUAUACUUUAUGGCGACGAUGUAAUGCUCCAUAUCAUAUUCACUCAUCAAAUGAAUCGAAACGGCUUAACAAUACACUCAGUCCUAGUCAUCAUUCCAAUAUGAAUGAUAAACUACUAGGAGAUACUACUGAAUCUGUCGAUCAUAACAGUCCUACUAAUAAUACUAGUACUACUUCAGAGAAACAACAACCAUUGCUGUCUGCUAAAGGAUUUGGUUUAACAUUAACCGGUCAUUGUGAUUUUCGUGAAAAUGAUUUCUUGGCUGGUCCAAAAGAAGCUUUUAUGGCACAUUAUGGACCAGGACGUGAUGGGGAUGUUACAAAAUGGUCGAAUUUAGCUUCAUUCGCAUCAUUUAUUGGUCGUAGUACAAAUAAUGCUGGUGUACAUAUUCUAAUGGCAGAUGGAGGUUUCGAUGUAUCUAGUCAGUAUAAUCUUCAAGAGGUUAUGUCUAAACAAUUGUACUUAUGUCAGUGUUUAUGUGCAUUAAUCAACCUUAGACCAGGUGGACAUUUUUUAACAAAAUUAUUUGAUACAUUCACUGAAUUCACAAUUGGUAUAAUUUAUUUGAUGGGUUAUUUAUUUGAAGAGAUUUUCAUUAUAAAACCUGUAACUAGUCGACCAGCUAAUUCGGAACGUUAUUUAGUAUGCAAAAAUUUACGAUCAUCUUUAAACACAAUGGCUGGUUGUGUACCUGCUCCCAAAUCAUCAUCAUCCAUGACAAGUCAUUCGGAUUCCACUGAUCAAAAGUCAAGUUUCCGACAGAAGACACGUAAAUUUCCAGGUCAACAACAACAAACAACCACCACAAAUGGUAUUGUUGUUGAUGAUGUGGAAGCCAGUAAAAAGUUUGGCAUUCUAACCGAUAUGAAACAAUCUGGUUCACUUGGUCUAGUGAUCAAUCAUUUUUUACAAGUUAAUGAAAAGUUAAAUCAAAUUAAAACAAACCAAUCAGUGUCUUCAUCAUCGUCAAUCAAUCCAAAAUUGGAUGUAUUAAGAAUAUGUCACACUGAAAUAAUUGAACAAGAUGAAAAAUUUAUGCAAUUUAUUCAGGGGAUGAAUGAAGAUUUUGCUAAACAUCAAUGUAUCGCUUUGUCAAAACUAUUAGCAUUCUCUCAAGAUCACAGUCUUACUGAAAAGAGACAAGAUGAAUUGUAUAGAACAUGUUUAGAAAAAUGGAAGAUUCCAAUAACAGAACGUCGACCUGUCCCUUGGCCUUUAUUAUCCGCUAAUCGUUCACCAAUUAUUCGUCGUUUAUUAGGUGAUAGCGAAAAUUUGACAUCACUCAAUACGUUACCAUCAGAAUAUCGUGCAAAUAUACGUCUUACACCAUUCACUAAUGCAAAUUUAAAUAAUUUAGAUAUUUUAUAUCAUAGUCGAAUUGCUUUAGUAUGCGGUAAUCCGUCGAUUACAUCAACUUCUGAACCAGCUCAAGCAAUGUUCAUUUAUUCACAUGGAUCUGCAGUUGCGGAUACUUAUUGCACUGUUGAUGGAGAUCAAUGGAAUAGAUUAGAUCAAGUGAUACCUAGACUAAACCCACGACUCCCACCUAGUACCUUAAUUUGGGGCCAACCAUUUUAUGAAUAUGCUGUGAAGAAUGGUUUACGAAAACACGGUUUAUUUAUAUAUGAUGUUGUGUGUAUCUACGGUCGAGAUUGUCGUAAAUUACCAUACAGGAAAAGAAUGGAAUUAGCUGAACAAAUGACAAAUGUAAUUAAUUUUCCAGAUAUGACUUCAUCCAAUGUUCGUGUACCACCAUUUCUAAAAUUGUCAGAAAUAGUUGAUUAUGUGAAAAAACUACCUCUUCUACCGUGUAAGGAUUCACCAACACUUGUACCAAUGCAUUGUUUACCCGAUGGUUUUACAUUUCAACCACAUUCUUUGUUAUUAGUACAACAUAUGACAGAUAAUUGGACUGAAGAGAUUAGUAGGAGUACUGGAAAGGUGUAUUACUUUAACCGAGUGAAAUCUGAAUCCACUUUCGAUUUACCAGAAAGUGAACACUUGUCAUUCACCGAUACACUAUACACAAAACUACCUUGGAUAACAGAACAAAAAUAUUAUCCAAGUGUUACUACUUUAGUACAAUAUUUAGAAAAAAUGUCAGAUCCUUAUUCAUAGUUGCUGGGUGAUAUGCAUAUUUAUUCAUUGGUUCAGAUUAUUUGUUUUCAAUUUCAUUCUAACACACACACACACUCACAAACACUUUUUGU